ACAAAUGAACUCGAGUUAAUUGUUUACUGUAAUCGAAUUAAUUUAGUUGAUUGAAACAAUUAUUGAAAUUUACCUUCUAUCAUAAUGUGUCCUUUAGCUCAACAGUUUAUCUAAUUAUUGCUCAUUUGCGAGCUUAGAAUUAGAGAAAAAGAUUGUAACUCUAAAAUUGCCGCAUCAACAUCAUCAUGGAAAAAUUGAUCAUCUUCACUUCAAUAAUCGAUAAUCAAAUCUAGUGUGAUGCAGUUCAUCGUUAAGCCAACAUCUACCAGCCCAUCAGUUGUGUGUAAAAAAUUUUUCCGAUUCCAUUCAACGGUUGUAUUAAUUACCAUUGGAGGAUUAGCACUUUUUUCAACUGGAUUUAUGUUUGGUCUCCUUUGGAAUAUGGAUGGAUUAUGUUCCUCAAGGCUUAAAUCACCAACUGUCGAUGAUGAGGCCAAUCAAGAGAUAAAUAACCAAGAAGCUGGUCUUUUACGUAACGAUGAAAGCGAGGGUUUUGGUGGCGGUGAUAAUAUGGGUAAAGAAUUAACCGAUGUUGGCCUGGCUAAUGGAUUAAUACACUUAUCAUCUCACUUAACAACCUCUCAGAAGCAAGAGAUUGAUCUAGUAAUUCUAAUCAUGUCUGCACCAGGAUACAAAGAUCGUAGAGAUGCAAUUAGGGAAAGUUGGAUUAAUCUAAUUGGAUCGAAUCGGUCAAUCAAGUAUUAUUUUGUUAUGGGUACACAAUCUGGUGGUAAUUUAGUUCUAGAACAUUUAAAAAAGGAGCAAGAAAAAUUCAAUGAUAUCAUAAUUUUCCCUCAUAUUCUUGAUUCCUAUUCAACCCUUAGUCUAAAGCUUUUGGAAUCCCUCCGGUGGACAUAUUCUCGUUUCAAUUAUAAAUUUAUUCUAAAGGUUGAUGAUGAUUCUUUCGUACGAAUUGAUAAACUUUACGAUGAAUUGAAAAGUAAAAAAGCCGAUUCUCGAACACUCUAUUGGGGAUAUUUUAAUGGUGAUGCAAAUAUUAAACGCCAAGGAAAAUGGACUGAAGAUAAUUGGUUUCUAUGUGACAAAUAUUUACCUUAUGCUCUGGGCGGUGGUUAUGUUAUAUCUCAUUCAUUAGUUAAAUAUAUUGUCACCAAUUCUCAUCUUCUUUCACUUUAUCAUAAUGAGGAUGUUACUCUUGGUGUUUGGUUGGCACCAUUAAAUAUAACCCGACAACAUGAUCCUCGUUUUGAUACCGAAUAUAAAUCACGAGGAUGUUCAAACAAUUUUCUCAUCACCCAUAAACAGGAUACCAAGGAAAUGAGACAAAAAUAUGAUAAUAUUAAGCAACUUGGUCUCCUUUGUAAAUCACAAUUAAUGAUUCGAAAAGCUUAUUUUUAUAAUUGGAAAGUUGCUCCAAGUUCUUGUUGUUUUCAAAAUAUAAGUUUAUUGUGAUAAACAAAUUGUUAAUUUCUCUCACUCUAAGUUUUUACAAAAGAAACAGUAACAAUUUGAUUAAUCA